GCUGUGUUCCCUCUUCAGUCGAUGCUAGCCUAUCCAGCUAACUGCUAGCGCCACCGGUCACCAGGAUUCCGAUCGGAUUGUGGGCACGAUGAACAUCCUUCCGAAAAAAAGCUGGCAUGUCCGCAACAAGGACAACAUCGCGCGCGUGCGGAAGGACGAGGCUCAAGCGGCAGAAGAGGAGCGCGAGGCCAAGCGCCGCGUUGAGCGCGCGGAGCAGGAGGCACGCACAGAGCAUCUGAGAAAGAAAGCUCGAGAAGCUCUCCAGUCAUCUGCAGAGCAGAGGGAUGGUGAUGACGAUGAACAGGGCAGAGCUCUGGAACAUCUCAAUCUGUUUCCUUUGGAAGACUCGUCGGAGAAGAAGGGAAAUGACGAGUAUCUUAAAGAAAAGCAAGAUGAAAAGGAGAGGCAGGAACGUGCUAUUGGAUUACUGGUUUCUCUCGGACCCCAACCGGGGACUGAGGUCACACCGUGGUACAUGAAAAGCGACAAAGACGAUAAGAAAGACAAAGAAAUAAAAAAGGGAAUCAGUGAAGAGGAGAGAGAGAAGGAUCGUAGGUUGAAGGACAGUUUGGACCCAUUGAAGGAUAUGAAGAAAGCGCUGGGUAUAAAGGACAGAAAGGAGCACAAGAGCAAGAAGAAAGAAAGAAGAGACAAAGGUGAAAAGAGUAGCAGUGGAGAAAGCUCUAUAGAGAGGUUACGCGCUGAGCGAUUACAGAGGGAGGCCGAAGAAAAAAGGCGAGCUCAGGCACUGCUUGACCAGAGGAGCGGCAAAGGCAAGGAAAAGGAGGCAGGGAGGGAAGUGAACGACAGAGACAGACCCUACAACAACACUUUCUUUCCAGAACUCGCCCGAAAGCGCCAAAGACGGGAUCGAGAGAGCUGGAGGGAUGAAAUCUUAAAAUCGUGAGCGAUCCUGGCUUGUUACACAUGAAGCUGUGACUUU